CAUCCAUGAAGAACCACUCGCUCACCCAGUUAGUGCGUGACUUUAGAAAUGUAAUGCAACCACACACCGCGAUUAAGUUGCGCGAGCGCAAGAACAACAGAUUGAAGGAUUACAUCGUCAUGGCGGGCCCGCUCGGGGUAUCACACCUCAUGGUUUUCUCGCAGUCUGACAAGGGGACGACGCACUUGAGGAUCGCGCGGAUGCCCAAGGGGCCAACUAUCACCUUCAAGGUAGCAAACUACUCCUUGUGCAAGGAUGUCAGACAGAUCUUGAAGACGCCAAAGUCUGUGGCCGCAGAUUCGUCCGAGUUUCUCUCGCCACCAUUGCUUGUGCUCAACGGAUUCACAAACCCGGCGACUGCCGAACCCCACGAGAAGGUGAUUAUCACCGUAUUGCAGAAUAUGUUCCCGGCGAUUUCUCCCCAAUCCACCAAGGUCAAUUCUAUCAAGCGUGUUUUGAUGAUCAACAAGGACGCUGAAACCGGUGAGAUCGACUUGAGACACUAUGCCAUCGACACCAGAAUGGUGGAGGUUUCGCGUAAUGUCAAGAAGUUGAUCAUUGCCAAGAAUCACUUGCACAAAAAAUUGCCAAACUUGGGGAAGGCUACAGAUGUUUCCGACUUGCUUUUGGACCCGUACGCCAACGGUGGGUUCACAUCUGAGUCCGAGAUCGAUGACGAUGCCAUUGUGGAGAUUAAGAGCGAGGUCAACAUCCAGGCGAACGCUCAGGCCAACUCCCAGCCGGCCGAGGUGCCUACCAAGAAGCGUGCUGUUAAGUUGACCGAGUUGGGCCCAAGAAUGCAGUUGGAGCUCGUCAAGAUCGAGGAGGGCACUUGCACCGGAAAGAUCUUGCAUCACGCGAGAAUCACCAAGACCGCCGCGGAGGUUAACAAAUUGGCCAGCAAGCACGCCAAGAUGUUGAAGCUCAAGGCCGAGAGAAAGAGGCAACAGGAGGCGAACGUCAAGGCCAAGAAGGCCGUCAAGGAGGCCAAGAAAUUGAGAAGAAAGGAGCGGAUCGCUGCCAGGGAAAACGGCGAGGCUGUGAGUGAGAGUGAGGAUGAGGAGAUGGACUCCGAGAACGAGAUCCAGAUCAACUCUGAGGACUACAGUGAUGUCAGCGACUUGUACAGUGACAACGAAUAGGUGUAUAGUUUUGUAUCAUAGGCGAAUGUGCCAAUACCAGAAGUGUGUGAAAAGAAGAUUGAGGCUACUGGGCGUGUGGUCUGGGUCGAUUAGAUGUGAUUUAGAAAAAAAAAGGAGGAUUGUGGAUAUUGUGUCUGAGCUUUGUAUUUGCACCUUGGGCCUUGUAUUUUAGGUGCUAUGAGAAGACACAUUGACUAUAACUAAAUUUACAAAGAUAUCAGGUCAUACCGAAGGUACCGGUGUUAAUAACGAG